CAUGCCCUCUUUCGAACACCCUUCCACACACUCCACUAGCUUCUCUUGUAGCCGGCCAGUAGUAUAGCCAGUGCCACUACACUUGAGAUUCCCCUCCAUCUUUCCUUCUCCAAAAGGCCCAUAUGCUUUCUCCCACCUCUGUCUAGAGGUUGACCUCAACAAGUAAAAGAGCUUGCGAUCGAAGCAGAGAUGGUGGCGAUCGAUCGACGAGUGCACAUCAAAAGCUAGAGCGAGAGAGAGAGAGAGAGAGAGGACGGCAAGCAAGUGCUUGUUGCACUUUGUUUGUGUGUGUGUGUGUGAGAGAGAGAGAGAGAUCGAGGGAUCGCUUGGUGGCAGAGAGAAUAUGGAUAGGGGAGUCGUCCACAAAUCAUCGGCGGCUCUAGUGCGCGAGAUGGGGGAGGCAGGCCAUGGCCAUGGAUGGUGGAGCAUGAAUAAUUUGAUGAGGCCCCCCUUUGAGCAGCAGCAGCACCACCCUUCUCUUUUCAUGCCGUCCACCACCACCACCACCGGUACCGCCACCGCCGCUGUGCCAUCUUCUUCUUCUUCUGCUUCGUCAGCUCUCCAUUCCUUCUCCUCGCUGCUGCUCUCGAACCACUACCCGCUGCCUACGACGACCGGCACGUCGCCGCCGUGGCAGCAUGACAGCAGCAGCCAUGGCCAGCAGCAGGAUUCAUGGAUCCAGCUCAUACAAGGGGGAUUGUCAAGUACUGGUAGUAAGGAGAGCCAGAUGGGGUUCCCAACUACGAUUUGUUCAGAAGCUGGAGGGAGCGGCGGCAGCUACGUCGUCUACGGUGGCGCAGCGGGUAGCCAUGGGAGCAGCACAAGUGAUGUAGAGAUCCAAUUUCCAUGGGGAAGCAGCAGCGUCCUCCAGCAGAACAAGCAGCAGAAAGCUUCCUCUCCUAGGUCUUCGUCCAUAACCACAACGACGACGACCUCCCUCGGAAGCAACAUGCUGGAGUUCUCCAACAACAGUAGCAGUUCACCACGUGAGUGCAUCAGCACAGCAUCUGGAUCAGCUUUCAAGAAGGCUAGGACCCAAGAACCCUCGCCGGCUCAAUCUACUGUGAAGGUGAGGAAGGAGAAGCUAGGGGAUCGAAUAACUGCUCUCCACCAGCUUGUCUCCCCGUUUGGAAAGACUGACACAGCGUCUGUACUCCUUGAAGCCAUUGGGUACAUCAGAUUCCUCCAUGGUCAAAUUGAGGCUCUGAGCUCGCCGUACGUGGGAGGCAGCAAUGGAGGUGGGGACGGCUCCAAGCAUCAGCAGCAUCUCCACGAGGCUAGUGUGCACGGAGAAAGGCACAGCAUAUUUCCAGAAGACCCUGGCCAGCUCCUGCAUGACAGUGCAAUAAAGAAACGAGGACUGCCUGAUGAGCAGGAUGAAAACUGUGAGGAAGCGAAGAAGGAUCUGAGAAGCAGGGGCCUGUGCCUCGUCCCUGUGAGCUGCACGCUGGACGUGGGUGUGGACGUGGUCGCUGGCCCCGGAGACUACUGGGCGGCAGCUGCACCGGCUUUCGGCAUGGGGUUCGGUGGGUAGAUCAUGGAGGACGUGUGUGUACGUCUCACGCGGCAUGCGCGCAUAUUGGCCUGCAUGCAUGAUGCAUAACAUCAGGAGCAGCCAUCCUGGUGGAAAGAGAAUGUUCAAGGCUGGCUCCUCUUGAUGCUAUGCGUAUGCAUGAUGAUAAAUGCACACCGAUAAUAUAAUGCAUGCAUGCACGGGCAUAGCUAGAGGGAUGCAGCUAGCUAGCAACAGAGAGUAUAUAACUUGUGUGUUUAUUAUGUACGUGAGAUCUUGUCUAGAGCGAGAUCAAACAAUUUGGAUGCCAUGCAUGGAGAGGGGCGCUAGCUAGCUGCAGAUAAUUAAGGCUAGCUGCGAGUGCGUACGUGGAUCUGUAAGUAACUCAUUUAAGUCUUCAUCAUUUGGGCACCACUGCGCUAUGCAUGGUCGAAAUGUGUAAUAAGUGUGCAUGUGUGCUUUUUUUUUCUAAGUUUAAACUUGCACGCUGCCACGAUUUAUAAGAGCACUCACAAUGCAGACUCUAUCAUAGAGUCUAAAGUUA